AUGGCGGUUCGACCGGACGUUCUUCUGAAUCAGAUGGCCGGCGUUGGUAUUGAUGAUGACACAGCCGUGCCUCCGCUCAUCUGCGACUUGCGUCUCCCACGUGACGGCCUUCAGACGCCUAGAUCCAGCGCUGGACAAACUCCAUACCCUCCCCCAGCACCGUCCAUUUCUCACGCGCUUCCCUGGGGCCCUCUCUCCGUCUCAGGAGAGUCUGAAUGCGCAGCGUCAGGGGAUGCAGCAGCAGCCAUGGCCGCAUCAAUGAGUACGAUGGCGGCAACAAUGAGUGCAACAGCACUGGAUGUGUUUGUGGACGAGAAUGACAACAUAGCGGCGGAGAUCAGCGCGCUACAGGACAAGAUCUGCGAGCUGCAGGCUCGCCUGCUCCACCCAGGCCUGUUAAACCCAAACACACGCGUCGCUGACACGCCCCCACAGGCCGUUUCUGCGUCCACAUGCGCAGAGGCGAUGCUUGAAGGUGCCUAUGCGAGUGGUACUGCUACUAGUGGCGAGGUGGGCGUGCUGGAAGAAGCAUUGAGUCGCAGCCCUUCCAAGGGUUCCGCCCUGGACGACUCGCUGCUGCUCGAUGCCAUGCUUGCAGACGCUCUGCGGGCACAGCCAGCAGCCCAAGGUGGCUUGGCGCGCAGCAGUAGCAGCGGUGUGAGCGCGCUGAGUCUGCCAGAGGAAGCAGCAUUGGAAACCGCAUUGAAGCGGAGUGCCUCCAGGGCUUCUUCGCUAGACCGCUCGCUCCUGCAUCCAGUGAAUGCCGUGUUCACGGACUCCUCACUGCUGCCACAACCGCUGCCGCCACAACCGCUGACGGCGGAGGCAGCCCCGGCAGAGUCUCUGCCGGCAGAACCAAUGGUUGCUGUGGAUUCGCCACCGCCCGCACCUGAUCACCCGGCUGCGCCCCUCAUCAUGCAGUCUGCGCGGACCAGUGGCAAGCGACCGCGCUCGCCGUUACUGGUGCCUCCCGAUCGUGCGCUUCAUGAGCAUGGGCAUCACCAUGAGCAUCAUGAGCAGCACGCGCAUGGACCGAAUGUGCAUCAUCACUCUCUGGGGCAUGAGCACGCGCAGGGCAUCUCGUCUCCUACCAUCAUACCCACCUCCUCCUGCCCCUCCCCGUGCUCCCCCCGCCCCGGUCGCAUCAGCCCUCCCAGCCUUGCGUCUCUUGACCUGCGCUGCGUUGCUCCCACGCCCGAGGAAACGCCCCCUUUUGCUCUGGACUCGUCUCUGCAGCAUCACUAUCACGUGCUCCUGCAGCAGCAGGUGGAUGCUUCCCACAUUCCCCAGGCAAGCACCCGCACUGCUCUGGACUCGUCCCUGCGGUAUCAUGUGCACCUGCAGCAGCAGCAGCAGCAGCAGCAGGUCGGCGGUUCCCACACUUCCGAGGCGAGCACUACCAGUGACGAGGAGUUUUUCAUCCAGCAGCACAUGCAUCAGCAAUAUCUGCACCUGCAGCACCCGUCCCAGCAGCACCCGUCCCAGCAGCACCCGUCCCAGCAGAACCCGUCCCAGCAAAACCCGUCCCAGCAAAACCCGUCCCAGCAAAACCCGUCCCAGCAAAACCCGUCCCAGCAAAACCCAUCCCAGAAAAACCGAUCCCAGCAGAAUCCAUCCCAGCAGCACCCACCUCAGCAGAAUCUACCUCAGAUUCACCUACCUGAGCAGCCCCUGUACCAGCACAACCUCCCCCACCAGCAUCUGGCUCGCCUGUGCCUGGACCAGAUGCGCCAGCAGAAGCAGGAAGCGUCUCUGAAGAAGGAGAAGAAAGAGCUGCACUCACCAGUCGCUGAAGCCUGCUCGCCUCGCUUCCUGCCUCCCCGCAGCCCGUCCCUCUCUCGUCAGUCCCUGUCCCUGGGGUCUCCUCUCUCCCGGUGCUCUUCCUGGGAAGCGGGCAGCGGAGGCAAAGAGUCCACCACGUGCUUUGCUCUGGUGCAACCCCAUGAGGUCGUGCAGAAGCAGCAGCAGCCGCAGCAGCAGCUGCAGCAGCAGCACAGGCCGAAUCCGCAGGCUCAGCAGCAGCAGCUGCUGCAGGCAGAGGCAAAGGCGUGGCAUGAGCCUGGCACGCCGAAGCAACAGUGGGGGAGGGCUCGGGUCUUCAAGCUGCCUUCGCCCUCAGCAGCAUUCUUCCCUCCAGCGGCAUCGCCAGCAGCACGAGCAGUGGCUUGGGGAGGCGAGAAAGCAACAACAGCAUCACCAGCAGCAUCAGCGGGAACAGCCGAUAUGACUCCUCUGCGGGCCGUUCCGCCCAAGCAGCGGCGGCUACUGGUGAAGCCCUCGACUCACAGCACGAGCACAGGGGAAUUGCCUCUCGCACGCUCCCACAGUGCAGCAAACGAGGCGGUGUCAGAUCCGGUGCCACUGGCAGCAGUUGUGAAGGCCCACUCGCUUGACAGCCACCCGCUCAUUUCCUCCUUGACUCUCCCUGGCGCCUGUUUGAGCCCCAGUGCCAUGCCGUCCCAUGUUGUUGCAUCGGAGAUUGCUGCUCGCAUCCGAAAGACGCGGCGCCUGGCACAGAGCACAGCACAGGCAGAGCAAUUCAUGGGUGCUCAUGCAACUGGCAUGGUUACCUGCAGUCACAACAGCACACCCGCUUCUCCAUCCCUGGAUAGCCACGUGGUGAUACCAGGGGUUAUCUGUGCCAAAGCUGUUCAUGCCUUGGCACCAUACUCCACCGGUUACAACCACAAGCUUCCACUCUAUCAAGGCAUAAAUGCGUUUUCCCUGGGGGAGUGGCCUGCUGUCCAGUGCCUGCCCGAUGUGAAUUUUAACCCGCCCGCUGGUGGAAAAAAGCGGGUUGGCCGGAAGCCUUCUGCUGGCAAGUUUGUGAAGCUUGCUCCUGCGCAGCUCACUCCGGCUAGAAAGCAGGAAGAUGAGCAACGUCAACAGGAGCAGCAGCAGGAGCAGCAGGAGCAGCAGCAGGAGCAGCAGCAGGAGGAGGAGCAGCAUGAGAACGCAGCGGAGAGCGCAGGGGACGGAGUGGCAGGUGCAGAGGGGGAGUCAGCGAGGGAGCGAGCACAGAAGGAUGGAGAGGGAAGAGAGGGCGGGGAAGUGGGAGUAGAGGUAGGGGACGGAGGUACAGCAGGAGCUGGAACAGAGGUAGCAGAGAGAGCAGUGGGGGUGGGCACAGUAGAGGGGAGCGAGGCGGCGGUGGAUGCGGCAGUGGCGGCGGUGAACCAGGCGGGGCAACGGCUACUCCUCAUGAUGCGCUCCAUCGACAAGCACCUCUCCUUCUGGCGCCGCCUCGCCCUCGCGUCGCCCGCGCAGCAGCUCUGGAUCGUGCUCUUCCGACGCGGCCCGCUCGCCUUCCUCCACACGUCCCUCUCGCUCUCUCUCUCACUCGCUCUUUCCGCCGCCAACCGAUACCUCCUCCCUCUCCUCCCCUCUCCCACCCUCCCCGCUUCCGCCUCCUCCUCCCGCUCUGCUCCCGCCUCUCCUUCCUCUAACCUCGUCCAGCCCAGCUCUCCCCAAACCUCCUCAGUCUCAGCAAAUCGCAUUGUGACACGUGUCAAGCAGCCGCUCUCCCCGUUCCUCACUCGCCUCGCCACUCUCUUAGCGCCUCUCUAUCGCUUCCUCUCUGCCCUCUGGCUCUCCCUACAAACCGCCCCCCUCCUCCCCCUCUCCACCCUCCCUCACCCCCCGAAACCCCUGCAAAAUCUUAUCUCAGAUCUAAGAACAUUCGGUUCCAAAACCUUAAACCUCUACUUGAAAGCCCUCAAUCUCAAACCCUUUUUCUUUGUCCAUCUGCACCGCUUGAGGUCGUUUUUGCCAAGCGUUGCGUCAGCAGAGGGGCUGCUGCUAGGCCUGGCAGCGCCGAGCCUGCAGGGCUUGGUUCGGGAGAUGGUGGCAGAGAAAGUGGCGGUUCUGGGGGAGGUGCAACUGGCGCUGAGCGCCGCUGCUGUCACACAGGCCUCAGGGAUCGACGGGGAGAAGCCCACCUCAGCACCAGGGGGGCGGGAGGGGACGGUGGAGAGUAGUGGUGCUUGUAACGAAGCAGUCAGUAACAAGGCAGGAGGAGAGUUGGGUGGUGCCGGGGUAGCAGCAGAUGGCAGUGGGCUGAGUGUUUCAACACAAAGAGCAGUGCCUGCUGCUGCAGUGGUAACACGGGAAACAGUGUGUGGUGAGGCAAAGCAGCUUAACGAGGAUGUGAAGAGUCUGGAGAAACUGGUCUCUGCUAUGGUGGCGCGUUGUCAUAGGCCGAGGCACGCGGCACGGCACUGGCUGGAGUACCUAGCUGGGGGGUUGUGUGGCGUGGCGGUGGGCAGCUGGGUGGUGCGGCACAGCCGGCUGAACGGCAGUGAUGACCUGGACCGGUGGGCUGCAGAUGGGUGGAGAGCGGUGACGGGGUUUGUCACUGACCACAUAUGGCAACCGCUGUCAGCAAUCAGUGCAGAGCUCUUUCACACGUUCAGCGACCAGCAGAGAGGCAACGUGUCCAUGCAUGACGUGCAAGCGUCCACUGAUUCGCUUAGGAGAAUGCUGCUGACCUUUGUUGAGAAAACCCAGCCACUAGCCAUCGACAGCAGCAGCAGCAGCAGCAGCAGCAACACCAGUGGCGGCACCUGCGGCAGCAGUGGCAGCGGCACUACAGGUGCAGCAGAUGCAUCAGUGGGAGCAGGAGUGCCAUCAGAGUCGGAUCUGAUGGCAGUGGUGAUGCGUGAAUACGAGAAGGACAUGGCUAACCCUCUCACGCACCUCCUCACAGGGAGGCUAGCCGAGGCCCUGCUUAUCCAGGUUCAAAGAAUGAAGCUGCACAUUGAAACGGCCAUGUUGGAGUUGGAGCAGAUACUGAGGGCAAAUCAGAUCAACUUCGCUCUGCUCACCGCACUGCCUGCCCUGCUGCUGCUCUCUGGCCUCUUCUCCCUCUCCCGUGACUUCUCCGUCUCAAAGGCUCGGGGUGUGGAAGGAAAAGGCCGGGUGGCGCAGACAAGACGACGGAUGCUACUCGCUGACGUGGAACGACACGUGUUGCUGCGUAACCACCUGAGGAUGUCAGCAUCGUCCAAGGCGUUACCACCAGCCCAAUCUUUAGAAUCCACGUCAGCAGUGCCCUCCACGUCAGCAGCAGCACCAGAUCCCGGAUCAACGUCGGUGUCGACUCCCACACCCAGCUCAGCGCCGUGUGAUGACGUGGCAGCAUCAGCGAGUGACGUGGCAUCAGUGUAUGACGUGGCAGCGUGGCACGGCACGUUGGUGUAUCUACUGCACCGGCUAUAUGUGGCGGUGCAACGGCAGGCCAGCAAGGGCGGCGAGUGGUCACGCCUGCAGCAGGACAUACUCGAUAUAGCAAGCCCCCAUAUGGACAUGCAGGGCCGGCAGCUGUUAGCAGCGCGCAUGGCUGCCGUAUACGACUGCCUAGUGCCGCUUGCUAAAUGA